CUCCCCAUCGCCGCCGAGGGUCGACACGGCACGAGAUGCUGUUGCUAAUGAACAGGGCAUAUCUUCGUCUCGUGCCCUCUAGAGGUAACUCGAAGCAAUUAUUCAGCAGUCGUGAGCCUGAAGUCCAACAUCUGGAGAUCUGAUCACUCAGCAACCUGAGAUCUGGUCUACGACACUUCCUCUCCGUAAAAGCAUUCAAAGCGUGGACUCAUACACGACAACCACAAUCUAGCCUCGUCACAAUGGCCACCGAAAUGGACGUCUGGGCCUUGACGGAAUGGAACACUCCCCUGCAAAAGAUCCGCCAACCCGUACCCGUCCCCAAGGGCACCGAGGUCCUGAUCAAAACCACGCACGCCGGCGUCUGCCAUUCCGACCUGCAUUUCGCAGAGGGCUUCUACGACAUGGGCGGCGGCAAGCGCUUCUACGUCAAAGAUCGAGGCGUGAAGCUGCCCGUCGGCCUGGGGCAUGAAAUCCUGGGCGAAGUCGUAAGUACCGGACCCGAUGCCAGCGGCGUGCAGAAGGGAUCGCGGCAAAUCGUCUAUCCUUGGCUAGGCUGCGGGUCCUGUACGCGCUGCGCACAGCAAGAAGACAACUUGUGCGCCGCGCAGAGAGGUCUCGGCACGCAGCAGCACGGCGGGUUCGCGGAGUACGUGCUUGUGCCGCAUCCCAAGUAUCUCUUCGACGUCGGCAAUCUCGACCCCUUGGUGGCGUGCACUUUUGGCUGCUCGGGAAUCACUACACUCAGCGCGGUUAGCAAAGUCCUGCCGCUGCCACCGGACGAGCCUGUGCUUCUGAUCGGUGCGGGCGGACUUGGACUCGCGGCCAUCUCGGUGCUCAAGUCUUUUGGACACAAGAAUAUUGUAUCCGCAGACAUUAGCGAGGACAAACUCGCCACGGCGAUCAAGGCGGGAGCGACAAAGGCAGUCAACACGUCGGGCCCAGAUGCAGCCAAGAAGCUUUUGGAAGCAACUGGAGGGCCGGUGAUUGCGGUGAUUGAUUUCGUGAAUAGCGCCGGCACAGCAGGCAUGAUCAACGGCGGACUCAUCGCAAAGGGCGCCAAAUGGGUUCAGGUCGGGGUGAUUGGUGGCUCUCUCGAGGUCUCACUCGUCGCCAACAUCUUCCGCGGUUUGACCAUGUUCUCCAACAUCACGGGAAAUCUGGAGCAUAUGCAGACGGUCACGGAUUUGGCGAAGGAGGGGAAAUUGAACCCCAUUCCGGUGCAGAAGAUGGCUUGGGAUGAGGUCAAUGAAGCGAUGGAUAUCUUACGGCAGGGCAAGGCUACUGGACGGAUUAUUCUUGUGAAGUAGGAUCUCUGUAAAUAUAAACACAGUGAACGCUCUCCGCCCA